AAAAAUAACCUUCUCAAGUUUCUAACUCCUUUAAAUGUCAAAGUAGUGAACAAAAUCAAAAUAUUAAUUUAUAAAAGUAUAUUAUUUUAACUGUGAUGUUAAACCAUAGUCAAAUAGAUAUUAUUUAAUUUUUAUUAAGAUGGAAAGUGAAGACGAAUUUCUACAUAUUUAUUUUACUCAUGUAUCUCAGUUGUGUUAUGAAAAGGCCAAAGAACAUAUUGAAAAAGAAAAAGAACCUAAAGGAUGUACAACACCGUGGGGUGCCUUUUUAAAUUAUUUACAACAAUUAACUUUAACAGAGAAGAGCUAUAUGGAAAUAGGAUUUUUACAAAAUAAACAUAAAGCUUUUUUUAGAAAAGAUAAUUCCUUAAGGUCUGUUUAUGAAACCAUGAAAAAUGAUCUUAAAAAGUUAGAAGACAAUACUAAACAAUCUGCAGGUGAUAUAAGAGUUCAAAAAGGAAGUAAAAAUAUUGUACAGUUUUUGAAUGCCAGAAUAAAUUUGAUUGAUUUAUAUGAAAAAAUAUACAACAUGGGCGUAAAUAAACAAAUUCGAUACAACGAAAUUUUGACGCAUAUAGAAUCAGUUAUAGAGAAAAAUAGUGAAGGAUUUACGGAUAUAGGUUUGACCCCUGUUAAAGCAGUCUUUAGUUUGGAGUGUGAGAUUUUAGAGCAGUUAUUCAAGGCUUUGACACAAUUACAAACAUUGGAGUUUUUACCGCCAUUAGCAUUAAUUCAUGGGGCACAUACUCGAUUAGCAGCUUGGGAAAGCAAAAUGCAGUCCAGAGAAAUUUGGAAACUUGGGAUAUUCAAAAAUAGUCCUUUUCCAGCGUUAUUUCAAUGGCUCCAAAAGUUGAAAGGAGCCGUUUUAAGCAAAUUUAGUUUAUAUUUUCAUGAUAUACUGGCUCAACAGACGACGCCACAUGACAUGAGACAGCUAUGUUCAAAAUUAUACAAUGAUCAUUACCAAAAGAUUGUAAGUUUCCAAAGAAAAUAUGACGCAGCUUAUGUGAUAUUACUGUCAGAGAAACGCAUUGCUUCAAAUUCUGGACAUGAUGGAAUAAUUGUAUCACAUCCACAUCGUGUGUCUCCUCAGACAGAUCUUAUACUUAAGAUGAUUACGGAAACUUCUAACGAUCUCCAAAUAAUAGAUAAAAUUAUUUAUAAGUUUGUUACACAGGUAUGUACUGUAUUAAAAUUGCUUGUUACAUUUAGCUAG